GCUGUGCUCAGUGCAGCGGCAGCAGUUAGGUGCUCGACCCCCGCAGUUCACAGCAAGUGUGGCCAGCAGGGACCGGACCCCCGGGACUCCUGAGAACAGCCACUCUGCACAGCGACCCACCAUGGGGAGGAAAAAAAUCCAGAUCUCACGCAUUCUAGACCAAAGGAACAGGCAGGUGACUUUCACCAAGCGCAAGUUCGGGCUGAUGAAGAAGGCCUACGAGCUGAGCGUGCUUUGCGACUGCGAUAUCGCGCUGAUCAUCUUCAACAGCGCGCAACGCCUCUUCCAGUAUGCGAGCAGCGACAUGGACCGGGUGCUGCUCAAAUACACAGAGUACAGCGAGCCGCACGAGAGCCGCACGAACGCGGAUAUCUUACAGACACUGAAGAGGAGAGGCGUGGGCCUUGAUGGACCCGAGCUGGAUAUCGAGGAGGGGCCUGAGGGACCUGGAGAGAAACUGCUGAGGACGCUGGGGGGUGACAGAGGCUCGGCUUCACCCCCACCUCGGAUCUAUCCCGUGGCCCCCGCAAUGUCGGUCUCAGAGCUGUCAUACCGGGUUCCACCCGCCACUCCAGGCUGUGAUCCUGGCGGGCUGGGGGAGGCCCCGUCUGUCCACAGCCGCCCACCUCACUUUCGACCCCCGGGCCUGGGACACCCCAUCUUCUCUCCGAGCCACCUUGCGAGCAAGACGCCCCCACCCCUAUACUUGGCGACUGAUGGGCGGAGGCCAGACCUGCCCCCUGGCCUGGUUGGUGCCCGAGGGGGACUGGGCACCUCGAGGAGCCUGUACAGCGGCCUGCAGAGUCCCGGUGCCCCGGGCCCCGCUCUGGGUAGCUUUGCCUUCCUACCAUCAGGCUCCGCAGAUUGCAGCCCGGGAGACUCAGCUCAGGUCUCCCUGCAGCCCUCGCCCUGGCCACCGACGAGGGACGCUGGGGACCCCGCACGGCCAGUAAGUGCCCGCAGUCUGUGCGAGGAGGGUCCCCCCAGCCGAGGGGCCUCCCCUCCAACGCCUCCGGUCAGCAUCAAGUCUGAGCGACUGUCUCCAGUCACUGGGACUUCUGGCGACUUUCCCAGGUCCUUCCCCUACCCGCUGCUCCUUGCCAGGCCCCUGGCAGAGCCACUGCGUCCCUCAGCCUCCCUGCGUCGCUUGACCCCUGACAGCUGGCCACGGUAGCGCUCCAAGAGGUUCCUCCAGCUUCCACAGAGUUCCUGAAGUCUCAGGUUCCCUGCACCGCCAGGAGGGCGAGGGCACCCAAUGUGCAUCACUAAUGAGGCCCUAUCCCUUCCUGGCGGCCACUGCAUCAAUAAAGCCCAAGGAUUCGGGAGGACACUGGGCAACCCCUAGCUCAGAGCCUCCCGAGCCCAGGAUAGCCACACCCAA